AUGGGUGUAUCAAAGGACAAGCAGGGCUUCCUCACUAUCGAGGCAAAGCCCUACCCUUUUUCCUUCCCACUGAAGCACACGGCACUGCUUGUCAUCGACAUGCAGCGCGACUUUAUUUGUUCUGGUGGCUUCGGCGAGAUCCAGGGUGGGAAUCUCGAGGCCGUGCAGGCCUCGAUCGCGCCGACGAAGCAGCUACUUGAGGCAUGUCGGAGUGUUAGCAUGCUCAUUGUCCACACGAGGGAAGGCCAAGUUCCUUCACUGGCGGACUGCCCGUCUUCGAAGCUCAUCCGGCAGGCCGCAGCGCCUGGGAACAAGCAGCACCUCAAGGUCAUUGGGGACAAGGGCGAUAUGGGCCUUCUCCUGGUUCGAGGAGAGUACGGUCACGAUAUUGUCGACGAGCUUCAACCAUUGCCUGCAGAAGUGGUCAUCGACAAGCCGGGCAAGGGCUCCUUCUGGAAUACGCAGAUCCUCCACAAAUUGAAGGCGCGCGGAAUCACGCAUCUGCUGGUUUCGGGAGUGACGACCGAAUGCUGCUUUUCCACCAGCAUCCGAGAGGCCAAUGAUCGAGGGUUUGAAUGCUGCGGCAUUGUCCAAAGCACGGCAGGCUACAAUCCCGCGUUCAAGACGGCUUCACUCGACAUGAUAUACUGGUCACAAGGUCUUUUCGGUUUCGUGGCUGAUCUUCAACCAGUUCUGGAUGUGCUCUCGCCCUGGCAGACUCAGAGCAACGGAGUCAGCACACCUCCACAGACACCUCCAGCGUGGAAUGGGAAACUGGGAUUUGACGAUCUUCAGGCAUCAUACAAAAACGGCCUCUCGCCUUUGGAGCUGGUCAACGCAUUGUAUGACCGAAUCGAGAAGUACGACAAAAUUGACCUGGCCGUGUGGAUCAGGCGGGAGUCGCGCGAUGCUGUGUUGGAGCAAGCCAGACGCCUCCUUGAGCUGUAUCCAGACAAGCAUUCGCGCCCGGCGCUAUUCGGUGUGCCGUUCACAGUCAAGGACUCCAUUGACGUCCAGGGGGUCGAGACGACAACGGCAUGCCCACCCUUAGCAUUCGUAGCUACCAAAUCCGCAAUGGUGUACCAGAAGGUCAUCACUCAGGGCGCGUUGUAUCUGGGCAAGGUGAACCUGGAUCAGCUGGCGACUGGUCUCAGCGGAUGCAGAAGCCCGUUUGGUGUCACUCACUCAGUAUUCAGUGACGACCACAUCUCGGGAGGCAGCAGUAGCGGAAGUUGUGUCAGCGUUGGCGCUGAUCUGGCAAGCUUCUCGCUAGCAACAGACACGGCUGGUUCUGGCCGUGUGCCGGCUGGCUAUAAUGGGGUGGUCGGGUUCAAGCCCACGCGUGGUCUGGUGUCGUUUGAAGGCAUCACUCCUGCAUGCCUGUCCCUGGAUUGCAUGGCCUUCGCCACAAGAACCGUCGACGAUGCCCGCACGCUAUGGCAGCUCUGUGAGGAAUAUGACGAAAAUGAUCGCUACUCGAGAGACACUUUCCCGGCGGAACGGCAUGUCAAUUCCCUGGGCGCGCAACGAGAGGCGUUUCGAUUCGGCAUCCCUCCGCCUGAUGUUCUCGAGGUGUGCUCACCCACUUUUCGCAAGCUGUUCAAUGAAGCUGUACAUCAGCUGCAGAGCAUGGGUGGCAGCCUGGUGCCCAUCGACUGGACACCAUUCCAGAAGGCGGGAGACCUGCUGUACGCAGGCACCUUCGUCUCGGAGCGACUAGCUAGCCUCCCAGACGAUUUGCUGGAGAGGAACAGACAGCACCUGCAUCCGGUCAUUCUCGAGCUGUUCGAAGAAGUGGUUGCUCGACAGAGCACAGCGGUCCAAUUAUUCCGGGACCUUCAGGCCAAAGCGUUGUACACCCGCCAAGCGACAUCCCAGUUCGCGGCGGCGGACAGAUUGGGAAUUGACGUUUUGGUCGUGCCUACUGUACCUGAGCAUCCGACCAUCAAGGCCAUGCUGGCAGACCCAAUCCGAUUGAAUGCGAAGAUGGGCACUUUUACGCACUUCGGCAACGUGCUUGAUAUGUGCGCCGUGGCAGUGCCAGCCUCUACAUACCGAGAUGGCGAGGCUGGACCCCAACUGCCCUUCAGCGUGACGUUGCUGGGCUGCCGGUGCUCCGAUAGCGAGGUGCUGGGAAUAGCGAGCCGGUUCCAGGCGAUGACGGGGCAGUAG